GAUCCCCCUCUUCUCCGAGCCGAGCCAGUAACUACCAUGGCUCCCAGUCCACAGCUCCUCGGCCUCCUCGUCGUCCUCCUAGCGUCCGCGCGGGCCGUCUCGGUGUCGCUCCCGGCGCUGCCGCUCUCGACCUCGUCGCGGUGGGUGGUGGGCGCGGACGGGCGGCGCGUGAAGCUGGCCUGCGCGAACUGGGCGUCGCACCUGGAGCCCGUGGCGGCGGAGGGCCUGUCCAGGCGCGGCGUGGGGGACAUCGCGGCGCGCGUCGCGGCGAUGGGGUUCAACUGCGUCAGGAUCACCUGGCCGACCUACCUCGCCACCAACGCCACGCUCUCGUCGCUGCCGCUUCGGUGGUCGCUGCAGCUCCUCGGCUUGCGGGAGUCCGCCGCCGGCGUACGGGUCAACAACCCCGACCUCCUCGACCUGCCUCUCAUCGAUGUCUUCCGGGAAGUGGUGUCAGCUUUGGCCAACCAUAGUAUCAUGGUCAUACUUGAUAACCAAAUUACGACUCCAGGAUGGUGCUGCAGCAGAUCCGACGGUAAUACCUUCUUUGGAGACAAAUACUUCGACCCUGAAGAAUGGUUGAAGGGCCUCAGUGCAAUGGCAACAAUGUUUAAGAGCACAAAUAAUGUUGUGGGCAUGAGCUUGCGGAAUGAGCUCCGUGGCCCCUAUCAAAAUGUUAGUUUGUGGUACAGGUAUAUGCAACAGGGUGCUGAAGCUGUGCAUGCAGCAAACCCUAAUGUCCUUGUUAUCUUGUCAGGCCUGGAUUUUGACAAUACUCUCUCCUUUUUGUUCACAAAAAAAGUUGAGCUGUCAUUUACUGGAAAGUUAGUGUUCGAGCAGCAUUGGUAUGGUUUCUCAGAUGGUACCAACUGGGAUCAUCAGAACCAAAAUGAUGCUUGUGGAGUGUCUGUCGAAUCGAUAAGAACUAAAGGACUGUUCCUACUUCAGCAAGGCUGGCCUCUGUUUUUCUCUGAGAUUGGGUUUGACAUGUCUGGCACACAUACUUCUGACAAUCGUUAUCUCACGUGCUUCUUAAGCGUGGCAGCUGAAAUGGAUUUGGACUGGGCUAUUUGGGCUCUGCAAGGGAGUUACUACAUCAGAGAGGGUAUUCUAGCUUAUGAUGAAACAUACGGAUUGCUAUCAUGGGAUUGGUGUACAGCAAGAAACCCUAGCUUCAUUAAAAGGAUCAAUCCUCUGCAGUCACCAUUUCAAGGUCCUGGUCUACCGAACAGUAAAAAACCGUACAACGUGAUAUUUCAUCUUCUAACCGGUCUCUGUGUGUUGGUGAAAUCUGCAAAUUCACUUAAGUUGGGUCCAUGUGACGAAUCAAACGCUUGGAACUACACCUCAACAUCUGAGCUAAUACUGAAGCACACUGGACAGUGUGUCGAGGCAAAGUCUGUGGGUGAUACUGCAAAGCUUGGGGCAGGUUGUGGAAAAUCCUGUUCAAAGUGGCAGCUAAUAUCGAACUCAAGUAUGCAUGUUUCGACUGAACUCACUAAAAAUGGGACUAGAGUAUGCUUGGAUGCCAGCCCUGACGGUGUCAUCAUGACAAAUCCCUGCAAGUGCCUAAGCGAAGAUCCAUAUUGCAAUCCUGAGAGUCAAUGGUUCAAAGUUAUACUAAGCAGUAGAGGUAUACCAGCUGAGGCCUCCAUUUUGCAGCUGCCGUCUGUUGGACCCUGGCCUGCAACAUCAAGUUCAUCAUGGUAGUAAUCUGAAGACAACACGUUUGGAUAUACCCAAGGACCAGCUGUUCAAGCCAAUUGGAAAUGGACGACUUUAGUUUUACAGUCUGUGAGUUAUACGCAAGAUGUCUGCAAGCUCACUUACUCCAGUGUGUGUAUUGUAUUACCGUGUUAAAAAAUGACAUGAGGCUGCUCUUACGCCAUUGAGUACAGAAUAAACCACAGAUAAUAAAUGUAAUCUUAUGGAAUA